ACCCGUGACGAAUUUCCGGCGGAUGCAGCCGGUCAGCUGCGCUGCAUUACGAGGCUUCCUGGUUCGCCGCAGAAAGCGGAGACUGUUAUCUUUUCUCCGUUAAAACGACGUAAAUGCAAGCCGCUUUUUGGCUGCUUCAGUACAGAGUUCUUCAGACGGGCUCCGGAGCCGCGCCGCCGCCGACAUGAACACGGAGAAAGACUUUUCCCCGCUGACGCCCAACAUCGUCCGGGCUCUGAAUGACAAGCUGUACGAGAAGAGGAAAGUCGCGGCGCUCGAGAUCGAGAAGCUGGUGCGUGAGUUUGUGGCUCAGAACAACUCCACUCAGAUCAGACAUGUGAUCCAGAUUUUGGCCUCGGAGUUCGCCCUGUCUCAGCACCCCCACAGCCGAAAGGGGGGCCUGAUCGGACUGGCAGCCUGUUCCAUCGCCCUGGGAAAGGACUCGGGUCUGUAUCUGAAGGAGCUGAUCGAGCCCGUGCUCACGUGUUUCAAUGACUCAGACAGCCGUUUGCGCUACUACGCCUGCGAGGCUCUCUAUAACAUAGUGAAAGUGGCCAGGGGGGCUGUGCUGCCCCACUUUAAUCUGCUUUUCGAUGGCCUCAGCAAGCUCGCAGCGGACCCAGACCCCAAUGUGAAGAGCGGAUCCGAGCUCCUGGACAGGCUGCUGAAAGACAUAGUCACAGAGAGCAACACGUUCGACCUCGUGGCGUUUGUUCCCCUUCUGAGAGAGAGGAUCUACUCCAAUAAUCAAUAUGCCAGACAGUUCAUAAUUUCCUGGAUCCAUGUCCUAGAGUCUGUGCCAGACAUCAACUUGUUGGACUAUCUCCCCGAGAUCCUGGAUGGACUCUUUCAGAUCCUGGGAGACAACAGCAAGGAGAUCCGCAGGACGUGUGAAGUCGUGCUGGGAGAGUUUCUGAAGGAGAUUAAGAAGACGCCGUCCAGUGUGAAAUUCGCAGAGAUGGCUAACAUCCUGGUCAUCCACUGCCAGGUGGCAGAUGAGACCAAACUCACAAAUGAUUUGAUCCAGCUGACAGCCAUGACAUGGAUGAGAGAGUUUAUUCAGCUUGCAGGUAGGGUGGUGCUCCCCUACUCUUCCGGCAUCCUGACUGCAGUGCUGCCUUGCCUUUCCUAUGACGACAGAAAGAAAAACACCAAAGAAGCGGCCAGCGCUUGUAAUCACAGCCUGAUGAAACUGGUGACUCCGGAGGACGAUGAAGAUGAAGAGGAAGAAAAGAGUGGAAGCACUGAGUCACCGUCUAGGGAAGAAGGACAGACUAAAGCAGAGGUAGACAGCAAUGAUAUGCUCAAUGCGUCACAGGAGUCUGUUGGUUUCAGUAAUAUCAGUUUCUUCACUCCCGCGAGUGCUGAUCGGCCUCAGGUAACUCUGGAUCUGGACGGCAUUGUUCAGGUGUUGGACCGCCACCUCCACGACUCCUCCACCGGCAUGAUGACCCGCAUCGCUGUGCUCAAAUGGCUUUACCACCUGUAUAUCAAGACGCCACGCAAGAUGUUUCGCCACACCGACAGCCUGUUUCCCAUGCUGCUGAAAACACUGUCUGAUGAAUCUGACGAGGUGAUUCUGAAAGAUCUGGAGGUGUUGGCAGAGAUCGCGUCAUCUCCCGCAGGACAAACCGACCAAGGCAGCUCAUGCGACAACAUGGAGAACAAACUGGAGCUCAAGGUGCCAGAAGGGACAAAGGCAGGACAGCAGCCCAGCACCGGCUCUAAAGCGGGGGACACUUCCCCCUCCACUCCCAGCAUGAAUUCAUACUUCUACAAGUUCAUGAUCAACCUGCUGAAGCGUUUCAGUAUUGAAAGGAAGCUUCUGGAGAACAGGGGCGCUUUCAUCAUCAGGCAGCUGUGUCUCUUGCUUCACGCCGAGAACAUUUUCCACUCCAUGGCAGACAUCCUGUUGAAGGAAGAGGAUCUCAAGUUUGCCUCCACCAUGGUUCAGACUCUGAACACCAUCCUCCUCACGUCUGCUGAGCUCUUCCAGCUGCGCAACCAGCUGAAAGACCUGCACACCCAGGAGAGCUGCGCUUUGUUCUGCUGCCUGUAUCGCUCCUGGUGCCACAACCCCGUGGCCACCGUGUCGCUCUGUUUCCUCACGCAGAAUUACAAGCACGCCUACGACCUCAUCCAGAAGUUCGGAAACCUUGAAGUGACUGUAGACUUUCUGAUAGAGGUGGACAAGCUGGUGCAGCUAAUCGAAAGCCCCAUUUUCACAUACCUGCGCUUGCAGCUCUUAGACGUGGAAAACAACCCGUACCUGAUCAAAGCCCUGUACGGUCUGCUCAUGCUGCUGCCUCAGAGCCAGGCCUUCCAGCUGCUGUCCAACCGCCUGAGCUGUGUGCCCAACCCCGACCUCAUGAGGACAGUGGACGAAUCAAAGUACAUGGACUCCAAGCAGCAGUCGGCCUCCAAACGAGCCUCUCACGCUCAGAUGGAUUACAGCGAGCUGCUUCAGCAUUUUGACCGCGUGCAGAGCAAACACCUGGAGGUGCGGCACCAGCGCUCGGGGCGCGCUUCAGAUCACGGCGACAGGAAGCUAAUGUGAACUUACUGUGUCAUGCUGACCCCUCGUCUUUUCAGAACAGUGAGAGGAAAGUGAAGGAAGAAGGUCCCGGAUAGGAACUAUUGGAUCCCUGUAUGUUAUGAGGUUCUUAAAGCCAAAAAGUAUUAAAUAAUUGAAUGCCAUGUAAACAUUGAAUCACCUGAUAUUGUCUUUGAUUAUUCCUCUUUAUGAUUGGAACAAUGAAAUGUAACACUAAGAGUUUGGCAUAUUUAAUAUAUGUGACAAUGUACUUAUAUGACAUGAAAGCCACCUCAUUCUGUGUAAAUUCGGACAAAGUAAAUAACAUCUGUCAAGCCAUGCUUUAACAUGACCACACACGUUCUGUAAUAUUGUGUCAGCAGAUUUUUUUUUUUUCCCCACAGCCGAUUGAAAUGUUCAGCGUUUUAAGUGAAUCUGAUUGCAUUUCACACUUAAAUGCCAUGCUUGUCAUUUUAUAUUCAUGUAAAUCACUGUGUUUCAAUGGUGUCUUCUGUUGAUGGGCGUUAUUACAGCAUGCCUUUAGAGAGGCCUUAAUUUUGUCAGAACUAAGAUUUAAAAUUGGUUAAGGUUAGGUUGUCCUCUGGUGUAAGUACUGGAUACAUUAAUCUUGCACAUCUUUAGUAAAACUAAUAAGUUUUGUUAAACAUCUCAAACAGUUUUUUUUUCUCAUACAUUAGCUCUAGUGAAGUUUUCUUUCUUUGCACAUUGUUGCUUUGUCCUGUGUGUGUGUGUGUGUGAUUUUUUUUUUUUCACUUUUUUUUAAUGUUUGUAUUAUGUUUUGCACUUUGGCCAUUCCAAUGUGAAAAUCAAUAAAGUGGACCAUGUGAUUAUGA